AUGUCCGUGGCCACGGCGCCGUGCGGCGCAUCACCCUGGCGGGCCGUAUUGCUCUACUGCCUGGGUGUGGUGGUCACGGUGCUCCGCUGCUACUCAGCCCUUUUGGCCAUGCGCUUCCAGGACGUGGCGGCUGGCGCGCACCGCCGAGUGGUGCCGCAGGAGACCGAGCCGGAGCCGGUGGCUACCGGUCCGGGCACCGAUCCGCCCACCUGUGCACCGGGUCAGCGCGCGCGGCACGUGGUGCCCCGGCAAGACAAAACCUGCUGUCGGUUCACUUUCCAUGACUCCACUCCACUGCCGACAUGCGGCACCCCCCGGGGCAGCACCGGAGCAGCGUGCCCGACCAUGGCCGACGCUUCCGACUGUGGCGGCGGCUCGCCGCCGGUGCCGGAUCUGCGGGGUGCGUUGCCGGUGCCCGGGCAGCAGCAGCGGCUGCUGGCGAUGAUGCAGUGGGUGGACGAGCGGCUGACAGCGGCCGAUGUGAGGUAUUGGAUCACCGGUGGCACGCUGCUGGGGGCCAUGCGACACGGCGGGUUCAUCCCGCACGACGAUGACAUCGACUUGGAGAUCUUGGAGGAGGAUUUCCCCAAAGCGCAGGAGGCCCUCGCGCAGGUGGGGCGUAGCUUCCGUCCCCUGGGCUGCUGGACGGGAAGCUCGGUGCGCAUGGGCCGCCUCUUCUGCUGGGGUGGAGGAGGUGCCGACACCGAGUCGUUGGAUGUGUUCCUGCGGGAGCCGAGACCCUUGGGUGCGCUGGCGGAGUUUCCAGGCGAGGAGGAGGUCUUCCCCUUGUGUCGAAGGUCCUUCCAUGAGCUCCAUCUCUGGACGCCCCACCAACCAGAGCCCUUCCUCGCGCGCUGCUACGGUGCCCGCUGGGCGGACGAGGUCGUGGUCUGGAGCCACGCGUCCCGCGCGCGGAAGAUGCACUGCUUGAGCUUGGAGAGGUACUUGAGGGCCAUUGAGGCGGCAGGCUACGAGGCGCCAACGGUCAGCUCGUCUUCGUCGGCCGAGAGUCUGGCUGCCGUGGGCUUGGAGUCUGGAGGCGAAUUGAAAGACCACUUGUGGAGCUCCAUGGGCUGGGCCUCGCCCUACGCCCUGGAGGAGGAGUCUCAGGGCCUGGAAGUGCUUGGACUUGAAGAACAGCUGUGGCCCAUCGAUGGGGCCGCGCACUGGUGUCGUCGCUUGAGGGAGCUGCGUGAGGCGUCUCCCGCGGAUGAGGCACUGCGGGUGCUGGAGGAGGUGAAGGCUUCCACAGGCUGUUUUCUGGAGUUCAUUGGUUCCGGCUCGACCUUGCGCGCGGUGGGCACGCCCGAAGAGCUCGCGAAGGUGGAGCCGAUCUUGGAGAAGUGGCUGCGAUGA